CUGAAAUCAAAAUAUUUUCUGAAUCUGUUUAUACAAUGAUUAAAGGAUUCGCGAACUCAAGCCUAAGUCAUUAAUAUAUUGGGAUUAAUGUUCUUUAGUGGAUUAAGUAGUAGUUGAAAUAACUCAAACAUUAAAUUGAAGAAUAACAAAAAAUAGAAAGAAUUUAAGGGAAGCUAGUAGAUAUUUAAAAUUAAUUAAAAAAUAAAAACUUUUAAGAAGAGAAGAUUGCUCUUAUUUGAGAACCAAAGUAAAAAAUAAUGAUUUCAUAUUAAGAAACAAGAUUAAGAUAUUGAAAAGAGAAAUUUGGUACUCAUUGAAGUAAUAGAUAAGUAAUGAUUAGAAAAAGAUGAGAU